AUGUCCGACCACCAUGACGAGAUCGACGCCGUUGUCUCCCACGGUAUCUUCCACUGGUCCGUGGACGACGACUCGGAGCAUGGCAUCCCGCGCAUCACGUUCCUCGGCACCAGCAUGUUCCCCCGUUCCUGCACGGAAGCCAUGCUCCGCAGCAACCCGUUCGAGGCGUGCCCCGACGACCCAGCCACCAUCGUCUCUCUGCCGGGGCUGCCGCACCGGGUGGUGGAGCUGCGGGGGCAGAUGAUGGACCCUGUGAAGCGGCCACAUGAGUGGGCAUGGUUCCAGCUCAUCCACGCCACGGAUCGGUGGAGCUACGGCGAGCUCUUCAACAGCUUCCACGAGCUGGAGCCGGCCUACGCCGAGCACUACCGCGCCACACUCCACCGCCGAGCCUGGCUUGUCGGCCCGGUUGCGCUCGCAAGCGGCAGCGAGAAGGACGUGACGUCAAGAGGCGCAGUUGCUGGCGCGCUCUCACCGGAGUCCAUCGGGUGCGUGUGGUGGCUCGACGAGAAGCCGGCCAGCUCAGUGCUGUACGUCUCCUUCGGCACAAUGACAAUCUUCUCGCCCGAGCAGAUGCGGGAGCUCGCCCGCGGCCUUGACCUCUCGGGCAAAAACUUCGUGUGGGUCAUCGCCAAUGGAAGUGCAUCAACGGAUCUGUGUAUGCCAGUCGGGUUCCCGAUGGCACACUGCGGGUACAUCGUCCGGGGCUGGGCGCCGCAGGUGCUCAUCUUGAACCACCCCGCCGUUGGUGGUUACAUGACGCACUGCGGGUGGAACUCCACGCUGAAGGCUGUGAGCGCCGGCGUGCCGAUGGUGACGUGGCCGCGGUACGCCGACCAGUUUCACAAUGAGAAGCUCGUCGUGGAGGUGCUUGAGGUGGGCUUCGGCGUCGGUGCCGAGGACUACGCAACAUGGAUGGAGACCCACCGACUUAUCGGCAGCGAGGUGAUCGCCGAAUCCAUCAGGAAAGUGAUGAAGGAGGAGGGCGACGGCGACACGAUACGAAAGAAAGCUGAGGAGCUCCGCGACAAGGCGAGGGCCGCGGUGGAGAAGGGUGGGUCGUCCUACGACGAUGUUGGGCAGCUCAUGGAGGAAUUGAUCGCCCGCCGGUGCUGUAGACGUACGGCGGGUGAAUAA